AUGCUAUCUAGGAAGAGACAGACUAUAACAGGGAAGCAGGUAGUAGAGAGAGUUAAGAAUAUUAAGCCCAGCAAGACCAGAAAAAUUAUUCGCCGGUUCCAUUUGUUAAUAUCUAAAAGAAAGGCAAUCGUUGGCAAGUUGAAGAUAAAGAACAUCGGAGAUAACGAUGAAGAGAGCAAUGUUAUAAGCAUUAGAAAACAACUGAAUGGCCGUGAACUAAAAAUGUAUAACGAAGGGUUCAGCAACGACAAGGCGGAUGAGCGCGAGAAACAGUUACUAAAGGUAAAAGUCACCGAUGACCGUUAUGAAUUGAUUGCUUUACUCGGGUACAUCAUGAAUGAAAUAGUGAAUAAAGGUGGGUUAAGUAACUACCAAUCUGCAAGCAGAGUAGGCCAAGACAAUAAACGUGGUGGGGACUCUUCGAAAUUAUUGGUGAAGUGGCUACUAGACGACCUGCAGUUGACCUCGAUCGACCGAGUAUUAGAAAUCGGAUGUUUGAGUUCGCAGAAUCAUAUCAGUAAGUUUAAGAUAGUGAAUGGCAUUGAGCGCAUUGAUUUACAAAAUAUCAACAAUGAUAAGAAAAUAUUAAAACAAGAUUUCAUGGAAAGACCAUUACCUAAGGGUCCUGAAGAGAAGUUCGAUUUAAUUUCAUGUUCGUUAGUAUUAAAUUUCGUAAAUACACCACUGGAUAGAGGACGAAUGCUUCUCCGAUUCAAUGACUUCCUUUUGGAUAGAGGGUACGUCUUCAUCGUAUUACCAUUACCAUGUUUAAAUAACUCCAGAUACAUGAACAGUGACACCUUCUGCCAAUUGAUGAAACACUUGGGCUUUGAGAAAUUACAAUACACAGAGACUCAUAAGAUUUGUUACAUGUUAUUCCAACGAACUAUGGGGUAUUCCCCAAACUGUAACUCGGUCAGCACCUUCUCUCGUAAGACGAAACUCUCUGAUAAGCCCGGCAUGAACAAUUUUACAAUUUUACUUCCUUGA